AUGGAGUUCAGCAGCAGAAGCUUGCACCGAAGCCUCAGUUCCUCCUCGCAGGGUCCCGUGCUCAGCAUGAACAGCUCCCUGUAUAGGAAGGAGAACAUGCAGCGCCUCAGGACUGCACCCAGUGUUUAUGGGGGUGCUGGAGGCCAUGGCACCCGCAUCUCCACCUCCCGGCACCUGACAGGCUAUGGGAGCGAUCUUAGUAACGGAGGAGAACUACUGGUGGGCAGUGAGAAAAUGACCAUGCAGAACCUAAAUGACCGACUGGCGAGCUACCUGGAAAAAGUGCGGUCCCUGGAGCAGUCCAACUCCAGGCUGGAAAUGCAGAUCAAGCAGUGGCAGGAAGCCAAUGUGCCUAGCACCACCAGGGACUACAGCGCCUACUACAAACAAAUCCAAGACUUGCAAAAUCAGAUUAGAGAUGCUCAAUUGCAAAACGUUCGAUGUGUCCUGCAAAUUGAUAAUGCUAAACUGACGGCAGAAGACUUCAGGCUGAAGUUUGAGACAGAGAGGGGAAUGCGGAUAACAGUAGAGGCUGACCUCCAAGGCUUGAAUAAGGUCUUUGAUGAACUGACUCUACAGAAGACAGACCUGGAGAUUCAGAUUGAAGAGCUGAACAAAGACCUGGCUCUCCUCAAAAAAGAACAUCAGGAGGAAGUUGACGUCCUGCGCCGGCAGCUGGGCAACACAGUUAACGUGGAGUUGGAUGCUGCUCCAGGCCUGAACCUCAGUGACAUCAUGAAUGAGAUGAGGCAGAAAUAUGAAGUCUUAGCCCAGAAGAACCUUCAAGAGGCCAAGGAGCAGUUUGAAAGACAGUCUGAAGCUUUGCAGCAACAAGUCACAGUAAACACCGAAGAACUGAAAGUCACAGAGACUCAAGUGACAGAGCUGAGACGCACCUACCAGAACCUGGAUAUCGAGCUCCAGUCUUACCUCAGCAUGAAAGAGUCUCUAGAGCUCACCCUAGAGGAAACAAAAGCUCGCUACAGCAACCAGUUGGCCACCAUCCAGGGACUGCUGAGCUCCCUAGAAGCACAACUGCUGCAGAUCCGGGGUGACAUGGAACGCCAGAACAAUGAGUAUGCUCUGCUCCUCGACAUAAAGACCCGGCUUGAGCAGGAGAUCGCUACCUACCGGCGCCUUCUGGAGGGAGAAGACGUACAAACUAUACAAUAUCAGUUACAAAGUUUGGAAGAGAAAGACAUAAAGAAAACCAGGAAGAUCAAGACUGUUGUGCAGGAAGUGGUGGAUGGCAAGGUCGUGUCAUCUGAAGUGAAAGAGGUGGAAGAAAGUAUAUAACCGCUGCCAG